GCAACAUUAAUCCAUAGUGGAUCGCGAGCUUCUCGUGACAACACGUUGCUCUUCCUGAUACGAAUACAGUUUUCGUAUUUGGAUGAUAUAUAAAUUUAUGGAUAUAUUUAUAUAAAAUUUAAUCGAAGAGGUCAAUAGGUGUAUGUUUGCAUUCGGCCGGUCAACUAUGGCAAGUAUCGAUAAUCUAAAGCUGCGAAUUGCGGAACUGGAGGGUGAACUUCAACGAGAAAGAGGAAGAAACCAAACAGCUGUUCGUCAGAAGAUUCCGCAAAUGAGUUCGGAAGUAGUUGACAGCAACCCAUACAGUCGCUUGAUGGCUUUGAAAAGAAUGGGCAUAGUUGAUAACUAUGAGAAAAUCCGUGAUUUCACUGUGGCUGUUGUUGGUGUUGGUGGAGUUGGGAGUGUGACAGCAGAGAUGUUGGCCAGAUGUGGCAUAGGAAAGCUUCUACUAUUUGACUACGACAAGGUAGAGCUGGCUAACAUGAACAGACUCUUCUAUCAGCCAAGCCAGGCUGGUAUGAGUAAAGUGGAAGCAGCAGAACGCACACUCAGGGAUAUCAACCCAGAUGUAGAGUUUGAGGUGUACAACUAUAAUAUAACAACUGUGGACAACUUCAAUCACUUUGUGGAGAGGAUCAGGAGCGGUGGACUGAAGGUGGACACACCAGUGGACCUGAUUCUCAGCUGUGUGGACAACUUUGAAGCAAGAAUGACAAUCAACACGGCAUGUAAUGAAGUUGGUCAGACAUGGAUUGAGGCAGGAGUGAGUGAGAAUGCUGUGUCAGGACAUAUACAGGUCAUUGUGCCAGGGGAGACAUCAUGUUUUGCUUGUGCUCCCCCAUUGGUUGUGGCAACCAACACUGAUGAAAAGACUUUGAAGAGAGAGGGUGUGUGUGCAGCCAGCCUUCCCACCACAAUGGCAAUUGUUGCUGGAUUUCUCGUGCAGAAUACACUCAAAUAUUUGUUGAAGUUUGGUGAAGUGACAUACUACCUUGGUUACAAUGCACUCCAAGACUUCUUCCCCACCAUGACAAUGAGGCCUAACCCCCAGUGUGAUGAUAGCCACUGCAGGAGACAACAGAAGCUUUAUCAGGAAAGAGAAGAACUAAAACCGAAGGAAGAGAAAAAGGAGAUGAAGGUUGAAGAGAUUAUCCAUGAGGAUGACUGGGGAAUAGAGUUGGUUUCUGAGACAACAGAGGCAGAAUUGCAAGCUGCAGAGGGCUCAGUACCAGAACUGACCAAGGGUGUUACAGUUGCAUAUACAAAACCUGCCCAAAACCAGAUGUCGGACAACAAAUCAACGGUUGGUGCAACAGAGAAGAGUCUAGAGGAUCUAAUGAAGGAAAUGAAGGGAUUAUAGCAGUGUGGCUAUUUUCACUUGCACCUUGAUUUUGAAGGCAUCUGUACAACAGAUAUUCUUGAAUCUUUUUUGUUCACAAAUAUCCUUAAACUGGACACAAUCCAUCUUGAAAUACCUUGCUGUCUUCUGAAGAGUUAGGUGAUAGGACUAUUUCCAAGAAGUGUGGUCAAAGUUAUCAAACAAACAACAAAUGUGUGUGGUAGCUCCUAUCAUGUUUGCAUAUGUUGUUAGUAUUUAUAUGAAUAUAUGUAGUGUAGAAAUUAGUUGGAAGCUGUGAUAAAAUGUCAAGGUUUAAUAUGUAUUUUGAUCAACAAGAAGAGGUAUUUCUGCUGUAGGUCACUGUUUGCUGAUCUCUAGAUAGUUUUGUGGGAGCAGAUCUUGUGGUGCUUGUUUGACCUACCAAAUGAUUAUCCUCCAAGUGUUUCAGACUGGUCAGCAGAACUGAUUAAUGUCUACAACAUAUAUUCUUUUCCAUGAACGUGUUUUGGCUCAAAUUAUGUGUAUCGUGUUAUCAUUGUAUACAUUUGAUUUGUUAUAUAACACAAUGUAAGGAGCAGUAUAUGUUAGAGUGUUAGAUCAAACUGACAAACUGACAAACUGACAGGGGUGCUUGGGUACUAGGACUUUAAACUGACCACUCCAAGGAAUAUGACAAAUAUUGUAGUUGCUCUCAUAUCUUUGCAGCUAGUGUGCCAAACAAACCUCAUUGUCUGACCCACAUCAUCCAGCAACCCUGUCUUCUGGACACUCUCUGUAAAAUCUUCAUCUAGAUUAGCAAGGUUUCACUGUUCAAAAAUAUCUACAACUAUUUGUGUGUGCUACAUGUAGUGUCUACAUGUGGCCAGUCUGUACCACUAUUGGUAUGUGCUACAUGUAGUGUCUAUAUGUGGCCUGUCUGUACCACUACUGGUGUGUGGGCGGUCAGGUAGCCUAGUGGUUAAAGCGUUGGCUCGUCACGCCGAAGACCCGGGUUCGAUUCCCGACAUGGGUACAGUGUGUGAAGCCCAUUUCUGGUGUCUCCCGCCGUGAUAUUGCUGGAAUAUUGCUAAAAGCGGCGUAAAACCAUACUCACUCACUCACUCACUACUGGUGUGUGCUACAUGUAGUGUCUACAUGUGGCCUGUCUGUACCACUAUUGGUGUGUGCUACAUGUAGUGUCUACAUGUGGCCUGUCUGUACCACUAUUGGUGUGUGCUACAUGUAGUGUCUACAUGUGGCCUGUCUGUACCACUACUGGUGUGUGCUACAUGUAGUGUCUACAUGUGGCCUGUCUGUACCACUAUUGGUGUGUGCUACAUGUAGUAUCUACAUGUGGCCUAUUUAUACUAGUCAGGAUAAGAUAAUCAGUAUGGUCUGGGGAAUGAUAUAGGAAAUGGUCAAGAUCAUUAGUUACAAAAUACUUACUAUAAAGAUUGUGGUUAUUAAUCCCCUCCAGCAAAACUUGGUCUGUACUUUCUCAAGGAUGUGGCCCAUGAAUGUUUGUUGUCUGGAUCAUUCCAGGGUGAACGUCAGCUUACAAGUAUGUAGCUCACCUGAUUGAUGACAUUCUUGUUCACUGACAAAUUGUCAACAAACACAUUAUAAAUAAAUUCCAAGUCAUUCCAUGUCAUUUGAUUGGCUACUGCAUCCUGAUAAAAUGAUAAUGGAAGGGGCGGGGCUUGUGUUGCGUUAUUGUGCUGAACAGUGUUUCUGAUUUUUUAUUGUUGUCUACGUUUUUUGUGCAUUAAUGAAUAAUGAUUAAAUAUGCAGUCAGAAA